AUGAGUAAAGCGUCGAAAGAUUUGAAUCUAUCAUCGAUUAUUACUCAGGUAUCCAAAGAUGAUGAUACUAAUCGAGCUGUGCCAUUAACUGGUACAGUUAUCAGCCCUGGAACUUCUCCUGUCACCAAAACUCGUUCAAGUCGAAAACGUCGUCUGAUGUCCAUUUUACUAUGCUGCCUAAGUGUAUCCAAUCACAAUCGACCUAAAACGACCAUAUAUUCACCGAAAAAUGAAACCUCACCAAAUCAAGAGGCAACCGAGAAAUUCCUUCUGCCAUCAUUACGUAGCAACGAACGAGCGAAGAUCUGUUUGAUUAUUGAUCUUGAUGAAACUCUAGUUCAUUCAUCAUUCAAACCUGUGCCCAAUGCUGAUUUCAUCGUUCCAGUGGAAAUCGAUGGACAAGUCCACCAAGUCUACGUCACCAAACGGCCACAUGUCGAUGAAUUCCUACGUCGCGUUGGCGAACUCUACGAAUGUAUUUUAUUUACUGCUAGUCUGGCCAAAUAUGCAGAUCCAGUCGCUGAUUUACUUGACCCAAAUCAAAUAUUUCACGCAAGACUUUUCCGAGAAUCCUGUACUUACUACAAUGGAAAUUAUAUCAAAGAUCUUAGUCGAUUAGGUCGCGAUAUUCAUAAUGCUGUCCCUGUAUCAAGUUGGUUUGAUGAUAUGCACGAUACGGAAUUAUUAACGUUGAUUCCUAUCUUUGAACGUCUGGCGUUAGUUGAUGAUGUUAUUCCUGCUUUACAAGAUAUUCAUCAACGUCGAGCAAUUGUUUAA